AUGGAAGGAAAACAACAAGCACACACGUUAGAAAUCAACAUUAUUUCUGGACAACACAUAAGCGUAGAUCAAAAUUUACAGGCAGAGGAUGCAUAUGUUGUUGUUCGUGCCGAGUCUCUCAACUCAUGCACUACAAAAGUGGCGAAAGAGAGUGAGGGUUUACUUUCAUGGAAUGAAAAAUUCAUGUUAGAUAUUCACCCACAUGCAAGGUCAGUGACGUUUGAAGUACAAUGCAAGAAGUACAAAGGAAUUCGUCCCAUUGGAGUGACUAGGAUAGCACUUUCUGAUUUAUUUGGUGAGAAUGUUUCGUUGCAAAGUUGUGAUCAAACUUUGAGUUAUGAGUUGAGAGAUUGGGAUGGUAGGAAAAAUGGUGUUAUUAACUUUUCUGUAAGGAGGGUGACACAAGAGGACAAUAUAAAAAUACAGCAGAAACAAUUUCUUUGGGAUUCGAAGAUUGUUCGAGUGAACUGA